AUGAAUGCAGCGAGUCGCACGGUGCGAUGGCCCUUCCUGAUUGCCCUCGUUUGGGGCUUUCUCGGCAUUGCCUUCACUGCAACGUGCAGGCUCUUCGGCCGGGAGAGGCUCUGCUCGCCUCGGCGGUGCCUCUCGGAGGAAUCCGAAGCUCUUGCCCUACUCGGUGUCGAGCUGGACGAGGUCGACUUGUCCACUGCCCUUCGCCGUGCUUUCCGCUCCAAGGCAAAGCUGGUGCACCCAGAUGUUGGAGGAAGCAAAGAGGACUUCCAGCAGCUCCGUGCAGCCUACGCGCUCUUGCGGAAGGCUGUCCGAAAUGGAGGCCUGCAAGGAGCAGAAGCGGACCGACGACGGGCCCAAGAACGCUGGGAGAGAUGGGAGGAAGAGGUUUAUCGUGACGGCACCGUCCAGCAAGUAAGUAUGUCAUUGUCAAAGAUGGCUGAGAGGAAGGAUGACUUGCAUUGGCUGGACAUUGAGGAGCAGGCGGUGGAGGCACUGCUGAGCAACGUGCAUCCCGCGCAGCUCCGGCGGCCGUUGCGGCCCUUCGUGGUGCUGACGCUUGACACGAUGGACUUUGCAUGCUGGCUCUUGGGUGUGAAUGCAGCGGAUGCAAAGAUGCCGGCUAGCCUGACCAGAGGAGCUGGCGAGGAGGAGGAGGAGGGGGAUGACGGCAGCCCGUUGUCCAUCCCGCGGGGCGUCUCGUGCUUGCUGGACGAGUCCGGCUACGACCACCUGAUAACCUUUGGGAUCUUGCUCUUGGGUGGUGCAGCCACUGCUGCAGCGGGCGGAAGCCCACUGGCGCUAGCGUCGAUGGGA